GAGAGAUGCUGACUAUGUAUAAUAUUGGUAGUCAGUGGGAAAUAGCCAUUUACUUUGGGAGCUUUCACCUUUCAGCGUCUAAACAUAUGGGUUUGCCGGUUUUGUAUUGACACAUUCCUUCUAAUCUCUGCUUAUUUUAAAUUAAGGUUUUCUUCUUCUUCUUCUUCUUUCUUUUCUUUUCUUUUCUUUCUUUAUACAUAUUGAUUAUAUAUCUUUGGCGUAGAUAUGUCUGCAGUAAACCUUGUCUAGUUUACUUUUCUUAGUCCCAUGUAAUCAUAAUGGAACUAAAACAAAUUGAUUAUCAACGUCAUUCUUCCCUUAACCUCAGUUACAUUGAUAAACUCGACGAAUAUAGCUUUGAGGCUUUUCCUUCUUUUCAAAUAGAGGACCCUUUAUUCGUGGCAGAUGUUAUCAAAGAUGGAGUUGUAGCUUAUACCCAUGAGUCCAUGGAUAGAUUGGUCCAAAUUGAAGCUGGUCUAAUGGAAAUCGACACAAUCAACCAGGAUAUCGAUGUAUUGGGCCUUGAUAGUCAUAUAGAAAAUGAAUUCGGCUCCUAUUUGGAUAAAAAAGUAGAGGAAAUUGCACCUGUAGUUUUGAAUAAAGAAGGCUCCACUUUUGAAGACAGUCAAGUAGAAAUCAGGGAGGAGAGUAGCUUGGGUGAUCUCUUACUGAACGGAGCAGAAGCUAUUGAAGUGAAAAAUUGGCUUCUUGCUACAAAAAUAAUAUCCAGGCUUAAUUGUGUUUUACUUGGUAGACAACAUGGAGAUACCUCAUUUGGCAGGUUAGCUAUGUUUUUUACUCAAGGCCUGUAUAAUAAGUGUUACAAGACUCCUGAUCAUAUGGCUCUUUAUAGUCAUCAACCUGAUUUUGAGCAGAGUAAUAGUCAGUACUCUGCCUUUCAGAUCAUCCAAGAACUUUCUCCUUAUGUAAAGUUCUCGCAUUUCACAGCAAACCAAGCCAUCAUCGAGUCCACUCAAGGCGACAAGGAUGUUCAUGUCAUUGAUUUUGACAUUAUGGAAGGGAUCCAAUGGCCACCUUUGAUGGUUGACCUUGGUAAGAGGCAAGAGGCUUCUCUUAGAGUAACUGCCAUUAUAUGGGAUAAACAAAAUGCAGUUUUUGUGCAACAAACAGGUAGAAGACUUAAGGAGUUUGCUGAUUCGAUCAACUUAAGGUUUGUGUUUGAUCAGUUGGAAAUUUCAAGUGAGAAAGAUUUUGAUAAACUUGAAGUUGGUCAAACUCUCAUAGGGAACUGCAUGAUCCACCAGCUUCACCUGCCAAGUAAAAGUUUUUCAUUGGUGAAGUCAUUCUUGGUUUGGAUGACCAAAUUAUCACCCAAGAUUCUUGUUCUUGUGCAAGAGGAGUUGUUUAACUUUUCCAAAAUUCUAUCUAUGUCCUUUGUUGAAUUCUUCUGUGAGGCUCUCCACCAUUACACUGCUUUGUCUGACUCACUUCUGCUUAGUCCUAAUGGUGGACAUAAAAAGGGAUUGAGAAGAUUGAUAGAAAAUGAUAUUUUGGGAAUAAGGAUUUUGGAUAGUUUGAGUCAAUUCCCAUGUGAGAAGGAGGAGAAAAUGUUAUGGAAAGAUGGGUUAGACUGCUUAAAAGGAUUCAAGCCAAUUCCAAUAAGUUAUAAUAACAUUUCCCAAGCCAAGUUCCUGGUGAGCUUAUUCAGUGGAGGGUAUUGGGUUCAGCAUGAGAAAUGCAAGUUGAACUUGUGCUGGAAGUCAAAACCUUUGACUACAGCUUCCAUUUGGGUGCCAAUAAGAAAAUAAUGUAAUUAUGUAAGCAAAGUCAACUCUACUCUCUCUCUCUCUCUCUUCGAAUAUAUGAAGCAGUGUGUGGUAGGUUUUCAGUGCGUCAUUACAUUUUAAAUAAGGUAGUUAAGGCUUCUAUAUUGUGUUUAUAUCUUCAUAUAUUUUUGUCGAUGUAGAAGUGUAUAUGCCAUCAUUUUGAUAAAAUGAUUCUUCUUGUUCUA